AUGUCUAAUAAAAAUAAAAUAAUUCUUCAAUACCCCCCUAAAGAACAAUACAACACAAUUGAUAAUAUACCUGGAUCAAAAUCUCGUGAUAGGCGAAAGUUUGAACGUAAAACGAAAAUGGAACCUUAUCAGCACAAAUUUAAAGCUAAUGGAACAUUUGAGAUGAAAAAAAAAUCGAGGGUUAGGAGAAAACAUCCAAAUGAAGCAUGCUCUAGUCUUGAACAAGAACAAGAAGAAGGCACAGUAGAUUCAUCUUCUCAACCUUUGAAUACGGCUACUUUAUCUAAUUUUUCAGCGAUCACAGAAGAAAAAACUGAUUCAUCAUUUGCUGAAGUUUCUCAAGAAUUUGAAACCGCCGAACCAAUAUUUGACCAAGAUUCAGAGGUAUAUUAUAGCAACGACUUUGCUAUUCCAUUUCAAGAUAAUUGUAU